CGGCUUCAAGGCUCCACCGACCAUUUGACAAAAGUUUAUAGGCGAUAUUCGCACGCCUCGAUUUUCGAUUUUGCAGGCGGAGAGGCCGAAUCAAUCAUCACCGGUAUCUUUUUGACUUUUCGAAGCUAUUCUCUGUGUCAUUACUCCCCGUAUGCUCCAUUCGUGUCUCGGAGUUUGGGUCCAACGAGAUGGAUACCAGCUUUGUAAGUGACGACGUUGGAGCUGUUCACAUAGCAGGUAGCAUUGUAAGUUGUUGAGAACUGUGCCUUGAGUACUGUAAUUACUAUUUAAGCGCCUUCCCGUUAGCCAACUUCGGGUCCAAGUCUCACGCAUAUUCAAUUUCUUCAAGAAGCAUCUGCUCUCUACUUCCACACUCAUUUGACCACCUAUUCGCACCAUUUCCAGCAAUGCGGUCCGUAAUCUUCUACUGCCUCGCAGUUCUCUGCGGCCUCCUGUGCCUCGGCCACUGCGACGAGCUCGACGACGCCGGCUACAGCGUCAGCAAUAGUGGCGACAAGUGGACAGUGUCGUCAGGCGGCUACAUCAUCAACGAGUUCCGCAUCGACGGCAACCGCAUCAAGGUCGACUUCGUCGCCAACGGCUUUGACGAAAAGGGCGUCUCCCUGCGCGACAUCAUCGCCCGUGUCUGGGGACGCGCGGGAAAAUGGCUGUCCGACCUCGACUCUGUCCAGUUCGUCGACGUCAUGGAGUACAGGGCGAUGAACUCGAUCGCGCAGGCCCGCCAGAUGCGCGGUGUCGGACCCAAGACGAGCUUCCAGAUCGACAUGGGCGAGAUUGGAUGGGGGCAGAUCACGGACAACCCGUUUUACUGGCACGUUCACAAGAUGUGCUGGGAGUGGAAUAGUAUGGAGGGCAAGGACGUCACGGGGGCGUAUGUUUCGAGUUUGGAGGACUCGGAGGGGAUUCAGCCGGAUGACUUGAUUUUCUACAUUGCCGAGUAUGAUCAGCCUUCGCCGAGAAAGUAGACUGAACGCCGCGGUUCGCGUAGAAGAUUAAGUGAAUCUUCUUUGUAGCCCUGAACCUACCUAUCUGGCACGGAAGAGAAAAGCAGCCGAUAGGCCCUCACAGCCAAUCCGACAUAGGCACUUGGAAUGCCUUGAAAGUCAGUAGAUAGAAGUCGCCUUCCAGCAAUCAAAGGGGAUCGGGACUGGUUCAGUCAUAGACCACAUUUUAUCGUGUAUUAAUAAACUGUACUGAU